GGCAGUAGAGGGGGAGAAAAAGAAAGAGGCUGAGAGAGAAGACGAUUGAUUGGAGUUGUGAACUGAGACUAGUGAAGCGGACACUGGGACAACACGCAGCGCCGGGGUGUUUUUCGGAAAUAUUUGUGACUAGCUGUGUAGGAUUAGCUAUCGUUACAAACAUCGCUGUUUCUGCAGUUGGGGCCAGCUGAUUAUUGUUGUUGUGGUGCCGUCUCAAGUGAUGCAGUCGUCAGGAAGCACUUCCUCCCAGCCCUCCCAUGAUUCGCUAUGCUCCAGUGACAGCUUCCUCUUCAGCGAUACCGACCAUGCGGAGGAAGACACGGAUGUGUUCCUAUCUGAGGGUGACAGCAGAGAAGGCCAGUCCAGCCGGGCCUUCUACUCCCCGGACAGAGCAGGUACUGCCAGUCCGUCAUCGCAGUGGGCCUGCGAUGGUUUCGGGGAUCAGGAGAGGUCCAGGAUCAAGCCCAGCCAAAUGGAACGCUGCCCCAGCACCUCCUCCUACUCCGCCCUGGUGUCGUCCUCCAGUGGGGGAAAGAUGGAGAAGGAGCAGGACAGAGGGAGAGCGGGGCAGACGGAGGGAGACCUCCUCUUUGCUCAGAAGUGCGCAGAGCUUCAGGGAUUUGUCAGACCUCUUUUGGAGCUUCUCAACGGGCUAAAAAUGGGGAGGUUUGACAGAGGUUUGAGCAGUUUCCAGCAGAGCGUUGCCAUGGACAGAAUCCAAAGGAUUGUAGGAGUUCUGCAGAAACCCACAAUUGGUGGGAAAUACCUUCACACCCUGCUCAAAGUGGAGAUGAUGCUCAAGCUGUGGUUCCCCCAAAUUUCGCCCUGCCCUCCCUCAACCACGGACUCCUCUGCCCCUCCUCGCAGCACCCCUCCGCACAAGCACAAAGACCAGCUGCACAUCCCCGUCAAGAAACGGAGGCUCAGCUGGUCGGACACAGACUCCCAAACCCUUCCGCCCCUCCAUCGCAAGCGCUUCUCGCAAGGGGGGCGAGAAGAAGGACAAGCGGGGCCCGAUGAAGGGGGAGCCCCGACGCAGCCAGCUGUCCCGGGGGCGCCAGCGAGAGAGCGAGGGCCCACCGGACUGGGAAAAGGGGUGGAAGAGAGGGAAGACGACAUGGCAGAAGAGAGAGAGGGAGAGACGUCCGGGUACAAAGUCAUCCGCUGGUCUGAGCCGAGUACUACCUGGGUCCACGUCGCCCCCAUACUCAGCCCCACAAAAUCAUGCUCCUCUCACGGGGGCAGAGACGAUAAAAAGGGAAAUUUUGCUGUCCUGGCUGCCCCCUCUCCUUCCGCUAGUGGCAGCCCAGCCACACAGGACAGUUCCAUCUCCUCCACCACACCUUUCUCUGAUCCACACUGCCUCCCCCCUCCACAAUGUCAGCCAGUCGCGUGCCAGAGCCAGCCUGUUGCCACAGAGACAGAGGAUUGCGAGGGCGGGGCUUCGGAGACUUGUCAGGGGCGGAGCCACUCACUCCCACCUUUACUGAAGCCUUUGAACGCUGCAGAGCGAGGGAGAGUACAUAGCCCCACGCAGACUUGAUG